AUGCCUGCGAAUCCGAUGUUCAAGAAACGUCUCUACCACGGCCCCCACAACCGUACCCACCCGCUCCUUUGGCUCGCUGCCAUCCUCUGCACCGUCUUCGCCAUCGCCGUUAUCUUCGUCGGCAUCGCAGCCUUCAUCGGUUACAUACUCAUCCACCCGCGCAUUCCCACCCUUAGCGUCAGCUUCGCCCACCUGGAUCUCCUCCGAAACGACCUCGCCGGCCAUCUGCAGACUCAGGUCAGGAUCGAUGUGCGGGCCCAGAACGGAAACGGCAAGGCCCACGCGUCGUUCUCGGACAUGUGGUUCAAGUUGAGCUACCAGGGGCAGGACAUGGCGGUGCUCCGGUCCGAUCCGUUCGACGUGGCGAAGAACAGUUCCAAGUAUCUGAACUACGUGGUGCAGUCGUCGUCGAUACCGUUGACGCCGGACCAGAUGGCGGAGAUGACGAACUCGUGGCAGAGGAAUCUGAUAGGGUUUGAUUUGAAGGGUAAUGCGAGGACUCAGUGGAGAAUAGGACGUUUAGGUUCCGUUAAGUUCUGGUGCCAUUUGGAGUGCAUGCUCAAGUUUCAUCCCCUUAAUGGAAGUUAUAUUCCUUCUCGCUGUACCACCGAAUCCAAAUGAUUCUUUUCUUAUUUCCCAGAUUUCAUAUCCCUUUUGGGUUCCUCAAAUCUUCGCCAACUCCAGAGAAAGAGAUAUAUAUACUACGUAAGUGCAUGCGCAUGUUUUGGAUUACAGAAACGCUUACUUAGGAAGUUAAUUAUAACAGUUGAUUAUUUGAGGCUAGCUAGUGUUUGAGUUCAGCAGCUUCAAACCCAGAAUGAAUAUUAUUGGAUUCAUUUUUCUGGAGAAAGGCAAUGGAUUGUUCGGUACA